AUGGCCUCCUCAGCCGAUCCCGACGCCUCCACGCCACCAGCCGCGCCGCAGCUGGAGCCCGCACGGAAGGCGGUCCGCGUGGUGGUGAAGGGCCGCGUCACGGGGGUGGGGUUCCGCGACUGGACGGCGUCCACGGCCGAGUCGCUCGGCCUCGCCGGUUGGGUCCGCAACCGCCGCGACGGCAGCGUGGAGGCCCUCCUCUCCGGCGACCCCGCGAAGAUCGAAGACAUGAUAACCCGCCGCCUCCCCGUCGGCCCCCCACCCGCCACCGUCACCGCCGUCGUCCCGUCCCCGGCUGAGCCCGUCGAUCCGUCCGCCGGGUUCGAGAUCAAGUUCACCGUCUGA